CCGCCGCCCGAGGAGCCGUACCCGUGGCUAUGGCGAUGCCAUCGCUGCCUCAUCCUCUACCGGGUAUCAUGCACCCGCCGCUGCCUCGAGUGCAACCACGAGUUCUGCAGGAUGUCGGGCUCCAGCUUGGGGGUCAAGACGAAGAAACACCGCCGCAGCUCCGCCGGCCCCUGCAGAUCCGAGUUCGACUACACGGCCUGGGCUGCCUGGGGCGCCUUUCGCCGCACCACGGCCAUUGCCGCCGCCACCGCCACAAGCGACAUUACAGCGAAAGCCCCCUCAAAGGCAUCAUCAUACGUGCCCGCCGACAGCAGCAGCACGGCGGCCUACGACGGCGGCUCGUUGGACGGCGGCAGCGACACCACCAUCGCCAUGGCAUGGGAGCCCGUGGCAGGCAGCGAGGCGGCGCGCGUCGAGCGUGCCAAGGAGAAGAUGUACGUGCGCGACGAGCACAACUGCUGGACGCACUGCGACUUCCCGGCCGAGUGCCGCCACGCUGUGUACCGCGCGUGCAUACAG